CCCACACAACAAAGAAGGACCCAGGAUGGUGUUAGUACAUGUUGGAUAUCUGGUUCUCCCCGUCUUCGGCUCAGUUAGAAAUAGAGUAUCGAGGCUGGCUCUACAUUCCGCAUUUCUCAGACCUUUGUCCCCCUCCAUUGUGUAGCUAACGAUCAUCUGCUGCUGUCUGCCGUAGCCUCUGCCUGUUCUCUGCAUCUAGCUGUAUUGUGAACCCCCUUCUUCCUCAUUUCCUCUUUCCAUCUGAAGACGACAUUGGCAUUAAAAAACAAAAAAAAACAAACACCAGAGUUCCCACUCAUACCGUAUCCUUCUGUGUAACAGACUAAAGAAUAACACCUUUUCUGUAGAAAGCAGUUUGUCUUUAUUUAAAACUGUCAUGUUGCUCUUCAGUGAAUAACCCAUUGUAGCGUUAGAUUUUACUACAAACUGUCAUUGUGAUUCUCCCAUUCAGUGUGGAUAGACUACAUUCUGCUGUAAAUUUCUGUAAAGUGGAUACAUUUUGAUUCCCCCCAACCCCACACACCUCCCAGAUUCGAUUACAGCCAGGCUUGAUCGAACUCCAAUUUUGUCUCCAUCCCCUAUUAGCGAAAGGUGCAUUGUACCAGCUUUUGUAGUCAAUAAAGCACUUGUAUGAUCACUUUUUUUGACCGAUAAUCUGGCUAUCCUAACAUUCACCCAAUUGGCCGAUACGUGUAGUUUGAGUUUCACCUCUGAUGGUCCACUGCACCUGUUAUAGCGGCGUCCAAACGGCUCACCAUAAUCCUAUCCGUGUGUGAAAGCCUUUGUUCCUGCUAGCUGAAUUGAUUUAGUCAGUAACAAUCAAUUGACUAGACUCCAGUCUAACUCAUCUUGCCAUUUUGAAAAUCCCCCACUAUCAAUCACAGCCCCCCACCCCCUCCUCAGACACCUCCAGAAUGCUAUCCAUUUUACAGGGAUGUGUAUAUCCUGCACUGCUGUAGAACUCCUUUUUAGAAUGAAAAUGUCUUUUAUUCUUUGGUUGUGGUUUUCUACCUUAUGUUCUUGUAUUAGAUCCUAAUGCAUGGUCAUUUUAUACUUUUUGUUUUUCCACAUUGAACAGCAGAUUCCAAUGUAAACUUUGUGUAGAGAUGUCCCUGCUAUACUGAAAUGUGCUGUAAGCAUACACAUCUACUCAUUGGAUGCUGCUUCUGUUCCGUUAACCCUACGGAGAGCAUGGUCGGGCCUUGCCUUUGGUCUUUAUUUGCAUGGUAUUAUUAUGGUUUUAUAUAUAUAUAUAUAUAUAUUACUCUUAUUACUAUUAUCACACAGUGCCACACAUACUAAUAUUUUCCAAUAAAGACUGUAGUUUUCUUUCUAACCUUCAGUGUGCUUUUUGCUGAUUUCCAUGUGUUCCUCCCCUCCUCCCUCCACACUGUGCUGUCACUGAGACGGUCCCUUCACUCUCUAUGUGCUCUCAUUUCUCAGCUGUCUUUGACAGAGUUUCAAGUCGAUCCUCUGCUUACUUCGGAGUAGGGGCAGCCACAUUUUCUAUAAAGAAAAAAGAAUAACAAAAGCAUGUAACUGAAGCACAACGGCAUUGAUCUUUAAUGUUACAUGCUGUCAUUUCGUCCUAAAUCAUACACUGUUUACAAAACAAAGCGCAGCCUAAACCUCAUAUCAUUGGUGAUCACUGGUGAGGAGUUAACAUUGGAACAACUUUGGGCGAUAUGGAUACAAUCAUCUGUCUAGGAGCGCACUUCACCAGGCAUCAACACAGCCAUGCUACCUCCUGCCGACACUUUCACCUGGGUGCUCCCCAGGCGCCCAUCUCAGCAGAGUUCCCUCUGGGACACGGCAGCCAGCCGCCUCAGACCGGCCUUGCCCCCCACCUGCCGCCGGCACACCACCCGCCCCUCACUGCCCUGUCUGCACCCCCUCAGUUCCAGGAUGUGCCGGGGCCUCCAUUCCUACCUCAGGCCUUACACCAGCAAUACCUCAUCCAGCAGCAGCUCCUUGAAGCCCAGCACCGCAGGAUCCUCCCGCACUCCAGAAGAACCCAGGAGCGUAUUCCCCUGAACCCUCACCGAAUGCGCUCAGGCUAUGAGUUCUCUCCUCCCCUCCACGUUCCCCAGCAAAUGACACAGCAGCAGCGGUACCUGGCCGAGGGCACCGACUGGGAUCUCAGCGUUGAUGCCGGCCUCCCUCACCACCAGUACCAGCUCCAGCAGCUUCCACAGCACUAUCAGCAUUACCUGGCCUCCCCUCGAAUGCACCACUUCCCCAGGAACACAUCCUCUGCACAAGUGGUUGUGCAUGAAAUCAGAAACUACCCAUACCCCCAGCUGCACCUGUUGGCACUGCAAAGUCUGAAUCCUUCGAGGCACGCCACCGCUGUGCGAGAAAGUUAUGAGGAGUUGUUGCAGCUGGAGGACCGUCUGGGGAGUGUCAGCAGAGGAGCGGUUCAGACAACCAUAGAGCGGUUCACCUUUCCACACAAAUACAAGAAGAGAAAGCCUCUGCUGCUGAAGAUUGGGGAGGAGGAGGAAACAGAUGUGGACGAGAAAUGCACCAUCUGUUUGUCCAUGCUGGAGGACGCAGAGGACGUCAGGAGAUUGCCCUGCAUGCACCUCUUCCACCAGGGCUGCGUGGACCAAUGGCUGGCCACCAGCAGGAAGUGUCCGAUCUGUCGAGUUGACAUCGAAACACAGCUGAACCCCGACAGCUGAUGAGAUUUCAACCCCCCCCUUCCUUGUCAAUCACCUUCGCGUGGUUCCUGCUUUCUUCCACCUCGGCUUUACCGGCCUACCCCCCCCGCUCUCCCCUCCCCCUCCCCUGUUGGGUGCUUUGCCAAAUGUCUUCAGACUUCAUGUGACAUCACCACCCUUCUGACUCACGCUUUACUGAGCCAAGCCAGGAAAACUAACUGCAAGAGAAGCCAACUCUUUUUAUAUAGAAGCACAUCCCUCCGGAGGCAAAAAACACGCAGACACACACACUGACACACACACACACACACACACACACACACACACACACACACUCAUGUACACAGGGUUUACUCGUAGCUUGCUGGUCGUAAGUGGGUCGUUGUUGCUGUUGUGGUGUUGUACUGUAGGUAGUCCUGGGCUGUGUAGCAUGUCCUCAAAGCCAUGACUUAAUGUCCUGAGAGUGGAAAACACAUAACCCCACACUGAGCUGGCUACUUUCUCUCUUUGUAUCUCUCUCUUUCUCUCUCUCU